AGGCUGACAUGUGACAUGUCACUAAAUUAAAGAAUAUUGCAAAUUUUGGAAGACGUCAACCAGUCAACGUCAUCCAAUUUUCCAUUUUAGUUUAGGUGUAAUGUUUUCUUUCAGAAAAUAUUGUAAAUAAGUGUAACACGACAAGCCGUUAAAAUGGUUCUCAUAGCUGCAGCAGUCUGCACUAAGGCAGGCAAAGCCAUUGUAUCGCGACAAUUUGUUGAAAUGACAAAAGCUCGCAUAGAAGGUCUUUUAGCGGCUUUCCCCAAACUGAUCCCAACUGGAACUCAGCACACUUUUGUGGAGACCGAUUCUGUGCGCUACGUCUAUCAGCCGUUGGAACGCCUUUAUAUGCUUCUCAUUACGACUAGAGCCAGUAAUAUUUUGGAAGAUCUGGAAACUCUGCGCUUGUUCGCCAGAGUUAUUCCGGAAUACUGCAGGUCACUAGAGGAAAACGAGAUCAUUGAAAAUGCCUUUAACUUAAUUUUUGCUUUUGACGAAAUUGUAGCCCUAGGGUAUAGGGAAAGUGUUAAUUUAUCUCAAAUUCGCACCUUUGUUGAGAUGGACUCUCACGAAGAAAAAGUGUACCAAGCUGUCCGCCAGACUCAAGAACGCGAAGCAAAGUUGAAGAUGCGCGAAAAAGCGAAAGAACUUCAACGUCAAAAGUUAGAGCAAGUGAAGAAGGGCAUCAAGGCUAACUUUGGAAGCAGUGGCGGUUUUGGAUCCACCUCAAAUAACUCUUAUACUCCUACCGCGUCUGUGGACGUAGUUAGUGUAGCUAAUGAUGUAAAACCUCCUUCACACGUGGUUACACAAAAACGGGGCAUGAAAUUGGGAAGCAAAGGAAAGGACGUUGAAUCGUUUGUCGAUCAGCUGAAGUCUGAAGGAGAGAAAGUAAUCGCGCCAGCCAACAACAUACAGUCAGCAUUGAAGACGCCAACAAUAAAGUCAGACGUGGAUGACGUCCAUCUGCGAUUAGAAGAGAAGCUGAUAGUGCGUCUGGGUAGGGACGGCGGUGUUCAACAAUUUGAGGUUCUGGGGCUUGUAACUCUGCAUAUUGGCAACGAAAAGUGGGGCAGGAUAAGAGUUCAGUUAGAAAACAAAGAUACCAGGGGCGUUCAACUGCAGACUCACCCUCAGGUGGAUAAAGAAUUGUUCAAGCUACAUUCCCAGAUUGGGUUGAAGCAGGCCGCAAAACCCUUCCCGCUUCAUUCCGAUGUGGGCGUUUUGAAAUGGCGUCUCCAAAGCACCGAAGAGUCUUACGUGCCUUUGCUAAUCAAUUGCUGGCCUUCUGAAGCCGGCGAUGGCAGUUGCGACGUUAACAUUGAGUAUGAAUUAACUCACACUAAUUUGGAACUUGCCGAUGUGAACAUUGCCAUCCCUCUUCCCAUCGGAUGUUCUCCUUCAGUUGGCGAAUGUGACGGCACAUACGUGCACGAGAGCAGGAAAAAUCAGUUAGUUUGGAGUUUGCCAUUCAUAGACGGCAGCAAUAAAACAGGAUCAGUAGAAUUUAAUGCACCAAAGGCCAUCCCAAGUGACUUUUUCCCGUUGACUGUUGCGUUCACCUCGAAAACAUCAUACGCUAGUAUUAAGAUUGUAGAUGUUCUGUUAGUGGAUGAUGAUUCUCCCGUGAAGCAUUCAGUGGACGCCGUCUUGUAUCCCGAAAAGUAUGAAAUAGUGUAAGUGCAGAAUUAUUCUAGCUUUUAAUUGAAAUACAUUAUUAAUAACUAUAGGUCACUUUGUAUAAAUGUUUACUAAAAUUUUUCGUUAUACAUAUAUUUGAAAUGUUACUUUUGUAUACAAAAUAAGCAAGUUUUGAUUUUAUUUCUCCUAUUAAAGUAUUACGAAAUCA